AUGGCGGCCACUCUGAGAACACAUUUUAGCCGCGACGAAGUUCUCGAGCAGGAUAUAUAUAAUCCGGCCCCUACAGCUAGCUUAGAAAGUUUUGAAGAUAGAGCAAAAAAUGCUCUUUCUCUUCUGUUUCAAGACAGUCGAGAAAAUGAAGACAGAAAGAGGUUAUUUGUCGAUGCUGGGGUGCAGCAUCUUCAAACGUUGUACAGCCUCUUUCCUAUGCCAUGCACCGAAACACAAAAUAAAAGGGCAGAGGCAAUAUUGAUGGAGCCUAUCUAUCCUGCUUCGGUACUGCAAAGUGAAUCGAGAUCCUGGCUUCAGGCAAUGCGCAGACGACUUGCUGCCAAGAAAAGCAUCCGGAACCCAUAUUAUGUGGAAAUCUGCAGGGAUUUCUCCUAUGAAAUAUUUAGCGUGAUCGCCAAAAUUGUCGGACGCUUGAAUGGGUUUGUCAAGCCGUUUUGUUCCCACGGUAACAACAAUAAGGCGGAAAUAAUUUCAUUUACCUCUGUGCGCUUGGUGAACGAGUUGUUUGUUUUGCUGUCGAAGUUUACCUCUGAAACUGUGGCUAGUUACUUCAAACGAGACCUAAGUGGAUCGCGAAAAGGACACUCGGCUGCAGUUAUCGUUUCUGAUGCGAAAGACUUCGUUUUUACUUACAAAAAAAGGCCUGGAAAAUUAGUCAUUGGGUUCAGCUACGGAGAGUGGAAUGUAAAUGGAUUCCCACAGCACACAUUCUGA